AUGUCGCCUGCGCCAAUUGCCGAGGAGCCGCAGCUGGAUCUGCACCAGGAUCAGCUCCAAGCAGUGGGCAAAGCAUUCGAUGCCCUGCUACUAACCCUCUAUCGGCUUACCCACAGACACAAUGAGCUCAAGCAAUACACGGAGGAGGCUUUCAAACAGUAUACGAAUGUGACGAGACAACUGGCCCCCCAAGAUAGGCCUCAUGCGAUGGAGGUGCAGCAGAGAUUACUGGACCAACAGAAAAUAUUGUGUCAGGGCCUUGUGCACAACAAGCCUCCAGUCGAAGAGCAGUCGUUGAAUUCAAUGGAAGUAAUCAAGACCCUUGUCUCGCAUCAGAAUGUAGACGAAAAUACCACGCGGGCCAUCGUGGAUGGAGUCAAGGGCUACAAGGCUCUGCUCCGCUCCGAUGGCCUCUCCCAAAUAUCCUCCAUGAAUUCGUGUCUGCUCGCAAGAGGACCGGACCCAUCGGUCUCCCUGGAGCAGGAUUUUACCACGAAUGGUACGCAGGGCAGCCUGCACUGUCCCUUUUCAAAGCCUAAAUCCCCCCGUCCUGGAAGUGGCAUCCAGAAUGGCAGAGAUGAUGGACCUAAGAUUCGAGUCGACACCUGCGGACACGACCAUCUGGAUCCCAUCAAAGCGGAACAGGAGGAGCGGCGUUCCAGUACUACCCCUUCAGCUGUCCGAUCCGUGGACAGGUCCUCGCAAGGACGAUGUCCCGUAUCGCGCUGUCCGAUCCGGUACCUGGACAAGCAUUCGCCGGAGGAAAUUGCUGAAUAUGUCGAACGACACAAGCACGAAAUUCCUCGGAGUCACGCUAUCUGUGUGAAGCGGUACCAACGGGAUCCCCAGAAUAUGCGACAGCUUGAUGCCAAGUACGGCGGCCUGAUCAACAUGAUCAGCGGCCUGAGUGUAAAGCAUCAAGCCUUUCUCCCGGAUCGCCAGACCAACGGGGUGGGAACCUCGCCCUCCGCAUCGACCGAACGAGUUGAGAAAUGGGCCGAGAACGUGGACCCGGCCACACCUGGACCGCCGAACCAGGUCGAUGACCGUGACAACCACUUUGAUCGGCCACUCCGUGAAGUGCGGGUUGGUGAGUCCCCGAGCCGGCCUUGGGGCAUCCCCGUUCCAAUCGCCGAACAGCCCGCUGCGUCCGUCCCAUUCUCCGGCUCGGUCUCUGGUCCCGUCCCCUUGGAGGCCCACCUUGGCGAUUCACCCACCAAGCCCGCCGGUGAAUCGCCUGCUAAGCCCGCCGGUCGCUGUCCAUUUGGACAUGACGCCCCUAAGCCUGAAGAGCCCGAACCACUGAUCGCUGCCGCCGCCGAACUCAAACCCCCUUGGUCCAACUGGGGUAAUGUGGAUAAAGUUGACGUCGACGAGAAGGUCAACCUAGUGGACGCUGGUAUCGACAAAAAUGACGAAGCCUCUGUAAAGGCCGAUUUCAACUCUCUCCCCGCCCACGUCACCUUUAACGGGCCGGUAUUCUUUGGCUACUCCGCCGAACAAACGGCCAGUUUGAUGCAACAACUCGGGCACCUCAAUCUGGGCAAGUCAUGA